CCGUCUUCCGCCGAGUUUGGGGGUUGAGGACAUUCCAUUCCAUCCCAUCCUAAGCAAGAAAGCAAUGGCGGCCUGCUCCUCUGCUGCGGCGGUCCUGCCGACCUGCGACCUCCGCCGCAGUUCCGUCUCCCUCCGCUCCUCGAAGCUCUCCGCCUUCGGGUCGCAGCGCGUCGCGCGGCUUUGCCGCCUCGCGACCGGGACCCGCCGGCUUAGCGCCCUCCCGCAACGCCGAGUUCUUCCGCGGAUAGAAGCAAAGAAGCAAGCCUUCUCUUCUUUUGAUGAAUUGUUGGAAAAAUGUGAUAAGCCUCUGUUGGUUGACUUUUAUGCAACUUGGUGUGGUCCUUGUCAAUUCAUGGUUUCUGUUCUUGAAGAAGUGAGUGAAAAAAUGAAAGAUAAAAUCCAAGUGGUCAAAAUUGAUACAGAAAAAUACACUAGCAUCGCUGAUCGGUACCAAGUCAAGGCAUUGCCUACAUUCAUCAUUUUCAAGGAUGGAAAACCCUUGGAUCGCUUCGAAGGAGCCAUGCCUGCCCAUCAGCUUAUCCAACGCAUUGAGGAUGCUUUUAAAGUCAAACAGUAACUGAUAAGGUUAUAUUGCAUAUACUCUAUGAUGUUUGCUUCGUAUAGCGUUAAGCAGGUCUGAAUCGGAUGGCUUUGUGUAAUGUUUGCAUACCCACAGAAUUCAAGAUGUCAGUUGGAGUCACUGCGGUGGUGAAGUUUCAUGUGACAAAAAGGGACCUCACAAGUAACAGCAUCCACUGAUCAAUUUGUGGCUCUGUUGCAUGUAACUCCCUAACUAGAUUUGAAAGUUCUACUCUUGUAUUAUUAAUGUCUUCUGUUCCUUCUAUGUGUGAUGUACUUUUUUAUGUUUCCAUAAGUGAAACCAACGGGAAAUCAUAUACAAUUUCUUUGUAUAAUAUACAACCAUGGGUUUGCAGUGUUGUGUCUGA